AUGUCUCUUCCUGUUAUUCAGUCGUUAAAGUAUGUGAUUGCAUAUUUAUGGGGUUUUGAAGUCCUCGAACAUAGUUUACUUAAAUUAAUAAUACGUUUAAGUUAUCGUGGUAUACCAAUACCAAAUAUUAAAACAAUAACUAAACAAGCACUACAAGGUCUUGAUUAUCUUCAUCGUAAAUGUGAGAUUAUCCGUACGGCUAUCAAACCUGAAAAUACACUUAUGUGUUUUGAUGAAGAACAUGUACGUGUUUUGGCUUAUGAAGCUGCUGAAUAG